AUGGGUGAGGGUGGUAAACAAAUCAAGGGCCUCAGCUUCGCUGAGAAUUUUAUGCUCAGCGGUGUUGCAGCUGUUAUCGCAAAGACAGCUGCUGCUCCGAUUGAGCGUGUAAAGCUUCUCAUCCAAAAUCAAGAUGAGAUGAUCAAACAGGGUCGCCUGGAACGGCCUUACCGUGGUGUGGUUGAUUGCACAAUGCAUACUUUUAGAACGGAAGGCGUUUUGCCUUUCUGGCGUGGUAACCUCCCAAACUGUUUGCGGUAUUUCCCGACCCAGGCCCUCAACUUCGCCUUCAAAGAUAAAGUGAAGGCAGCAUUUACGAUUCAGAAGGACGAACCUUACCUGGUAUCGUUCUACAAAAAUGUCGUCAGUGGUGGCGUAGCUGGUGCCCUCUCACUGGUGUUUGUCUACUCUCUGGAUUACGCCCGAACCCGUUUGGCUAACGAUGCGAAAUCCGCCAAAAAAGGCGGCUCCCGCGAAUUCAAUGGCCUGGUUGACGUCUAUGUCGACGGUAUUGUUGGUCUCUAUCGAGGUUUCGUCAUUUCGUGUGUUGGAAUCAUCGUCUACCGUGGGUUCUAUUUCGGUCUGUACGAUACCAUCAAGCCCAUCGUCCUUGGUCCUGAUGCUGGCGUAGCCAUCAGCUUCUGCUUGGGCUAUGGUGUAACCAUUACAUCUGGUCUCAUUUCGUAUCCCAUUGAUACCAUCCGUCGUCGCAUGAUGAUGACUUCAGGUCAGGCCGUCAAAUACAAGAGUUCACUUGACUGCGCAGCACAGAUCCUGAGAAAUGAGGGCUUCUUGUCGUUGAUGAAAGGUGCCGGAGCGAACAUUCUGCGUGGUGUCGCCGGUGGUGGUGUUUUGGCUGGAUUCGACAAGUUCAAGGAGCUGUAUGCUUCUUACCGCGUGCCCAAGAAGCCGAAGGAAUAA